GAAUCUUCCCCCUUGAACGUUACUUGCUUCUCUUUUCAAAAAUAAAAUUUGCAGAAAAAUAAGUUCAUUUCUCAUUUUAGUGCUUCUUUCGUUAUUUAUAGUUAUUAAUAUAUAUAUAUUUUUUUGUUAAAGGAACAUUUAUUUUCAUAGAACGGAAUGAGUAGUCUUUAGAUCUACAUAUAUAUUUUUUAGCUGAAAGCCUGAAAAUACACAAGCCACUGAACUAAACUAUAUAUUUCGUGCCUAUGGAAAAGAUAUUUUUAAAAAUAGUGUGUAUCUGCAUCAAAAACUAAUUUGGAGAAUUUUCUUUCAUGUUUUUCGUUACUAAGUUGUUUAUAUCACACAUCUAAAAAUAAAUUUUAUUAAUUAUAAUUAAAAUAUAUAGGUGCCACAGUCUAAGUAAAUUUCUGGAUCCGUCCGUGAAUACUUUAAUGACAAUAUUGUUUGUAAAUAUUGCUAUAAAUUUCAACUAAUUUAUAAAGUCAAUCAUAUCCUAAAAAUAUUUAAACUUAAAUAAUAAUCACUAAACUUUAAACUCAAAUGUUAUUAUAUUUUUGUUCGAAGAUAGUAGUAAAAAGUGUAUUUAAUUUUUUUUUUGUUCCAUCUUUUAAGAUCAAGUGAUAGGCAGGUUUGAGUCGUUUCGAAAAGACAUUUUGUUCGACUAAAUCUGAUCUUCUUUUUUUUUAUAUCAACUUAUUUUAUUAAUUUGAAUGAGACAAUACAUAGUCUUUUUGAAGAAGAGUUGUUAUGUUGUUUGGUACAUAGUAAUGAAAUAAAAAUGAAACUCGAGUUGGAUUUGAAGUUGCCAACUUAUCUGCAUGAGAAAAAAGAACACCGCUGCUUCUCGCUUUCUUGGCGAGAUUCUGCACGCACAUUUCUAGUCCUCGGUAUACGGACUAUGCUGAACUCCAAAAACCAGCUCGUUGAAGAGAGAACGAGGCUAACUCGAAGGCAAAAGCUGGCCAAUCGAUAAGAUUGGCAAUCAUAUCCACCAGAUAAGAGAAAUCCAUCUUUAUAUGUACACGGUGCACCGUAACUCUCGUAAACAAAACCAUACCCAUAAGGCGAUUGCAGUAGAGUAAUGAUUCAGAAGCACUACUUGAAGUCUUUCAGAUAGAGUGAGGUGGCGGAGGAGUCACCGGAGACGGUGAAGGACUAGUCGGUGGAAAUGCAUGUCCUGCUUCCUACAUAUCUGACACGUGGCCUUACUAAGUUGGUGGAAUACAGCUGUCUUAAGUGCAAGUAGUAUUUGUUCUGUCUUUUUUACCGAUUGAGCUUUAUUUUAAUAUUUGGUGCUGGCCCUAACACCAAAUUGGCUUUGGUGCUCAACUGCAAAUUAAAGACAGCACCAAAUAUUUAAUUAUCUGUACUUAAGACAGCACCAAAAAAAAAAAAAAAGACAGCACCGAAUAUUUAAUCUUCAUGUGCUUCUUCUGUAUUUGUGAAAGUCUACGAGCUUUAUUUUAAUCUUCAUGUGUGGCCGAUACAUAUUUUUCUUACCGAUUGAGCUUUCUGCACGUAUAUUAAAAGUGCAAGUAGUAUUUGUUCUGUCCUUUUGUAAUCUUCAUGUGCUUCUGUAUAUUUGCCCAUAGGGCAAAUGAAAUUAAAUAUGUUGACAAAAAAAAAUUGGGCCUAAUUAAGAUCAAGUUAAUGCUGAAUUGAAUUCUAAUAUAUUGUUUGGUUAGUAUCGGUUUGAGGAAUUAGCUGUGAUUCAUAAUUAUUUUGAUCAGUGGUAAUGAUUGCAUAAUUUUUUUUUUCUCAUAGAAAGCAGAUUCUACGAAUCAAACUAAGAACUAUAUGUAUACGAUAUACGUUGGUUGAAUCCGAGCACAUGGUCUCCACUAUUAAUUAUCUGCGUUUUUCUGCUCACACAUAUUUUAACCCCUCACCCAGCAACUGUUUAUUAUCUUAUUAUGUGCUGAUCAUAUGUUCCAACCAUUUUUAAAUGACGAAUUCGUUUUCUUCUGUUUGGUUAUAUAUUGAGACUAUGAUUACUAACAUUUACAGAACAUAAGUUCGUAGACUUUCACAAAUACAGCGUCAUGUCAACUUCUUCCCAGUCGUACCCGAUGAGCGGGGGCGAAGAUCUACACAGUUACAUCCAUAAUUCUUCGUACCAGAAAGCAGCCAUAGAUAGUCUUCAAGAAAAGACAAGGCUAUACAUCUUAGAAAAGAUUGAUCUCCUGAGUCUCAAGACCGGUCUUAGUACUUUCACUAUUGCGGAUUUUGGGUGUUCUGUUGGCCCUAACACAUUUCAUGCUGUUCAAAACAUUAUUGAUGCGGUGAAACUCAAACACAUGAAAGAAAACAGUCUUGUGUCUCUGGAGUUCCUAGUUUGUUUCAACGAUCAACCCAACAAUGACUUCAACACACUCUUUAGAACUCAACCUCCUUCCUCCGAACGAGAAUAUUUCUCAGUCGGAGUUCCAGGCUCUUUUUAUGGCCGAGUGCUACCAAGAAACAGCAUCCACGUUGGACAUACUUCCUACACGAUUCAUUGGCUUUCUAAAGUUCCCGAACAUGUAUGUGAAAAGAAAUCACCAGCAUGGAAUAAAAAGUACAUUCAGUGUAAUAAUUUGAUUGAAGAAGCGGCAAAGGCUUACAAGAUCCAGUUCACAAAAGACAUGAGCACUUUUCUUGAAGCUAGAGCCGCAGAGAUUGUGCCUGGAGGACUGAUGAUUUUACAAGGACAAUGUUUGCCUGAUGGUGUUCUCAUGUCUGAAACUUGGGAAGGCAUUGUGAUUGACACCAUCGGUGAUUGUCUUAUGGAUAUGGAAAAAUCGGUAAGAUAUAGUCUCAAAGCAUUUAGUUUCUAAUAUUCAAAACAUCAUAAAAGGUAGGUCUAAACAUUUGUUUUUCGGUUCAGAAUUUUUGGGAAUCUUUUUUUUUUUUUGAAAAUGGGCUAGAAGAAUUAAUAACCGAUUUUGAUCUGAGUUCGGUUCUUUAAUAUGUUUUAAAAAUAUGCUCGCUUAUCUUGGUAGAGAAAUUCCAAUAAAAGUCAAAAAUCAAAUAAUUAAUAUUACUUAUUUUAGCUAAUUUAAAUGCAUUAUAUCCGUAUUUAUAUUUUACCAGAGUAUUAACAACCGUGAUUUUUGCUAUAUUUGGGUUGACUGAUUUGCUUCGUUCAGGUUCAAUUUUAUUAUUUGGUUCAGCACAAGAAUUUUUUCCACCAUUCGGUUGGUCGAUGAAUUUUUCAACCAUGAUAUCUCAUAUAUAAUUUUUUUUAUUGAUUAAAAUUAGGGGAAAUCACCAAUUGAAAAGAUUUUUUCUACCAUUUUUAAAGCCUAUACCGGAUAGUUGUUAAUACUCAUAUUUUUCCUUCGUAGGAAUUGAUAAGCGAGGAAAAACUCGAGUCGUUUAGCGUGCCGAUAUAUUUUCCUCAGUUUAGUGAAUUGAAGGGAGAGAUUGAGCAAAAUGGAAGCUUUGCGAUUGAACUGAUGCAGACUAUAAGCCAUCCAUUUCAGGAUAUGCACUUAACCAACGACUUCACCACUUCCACCUUUCGAGCUAUUUUUAGUUCUGUCAUCGAAAAACAUUUUGGAGAAGAUGUGGUCGAUGAGUUAUUCGAUCAACUUACUAAGAAGCUCAACAAGUACCCAAUUGAUUUUCAAAAGUGCAAGAAACAGAUGGUCUAUUGUAUCGUUCUUAAACGAAAUACGUAGUAUUGAAAAUGAUGAUGACAUGUUAUGUCUUCACAAGUCAGGUCAUUAUUUAAAUAUUGCUUUGCUCUUUAAAAGAGUUUUAAUGUCUUUUAUGGUUUUAAAAUUAUGUGAUUCGUCCGCGCACCGCGGAGUACGACGUGUUUAGGAGUACGACGCGUUUACGAAUAUUUUAAUUCUUUUUUUCGAAAAAGAAUAUUUUGAUUCUACAACUUCAGUAAUCAUCUGAUGUUUUUAUUUGCUUUUUGAAUUUUUAUUAUUAUGUUUUUUUGUAAAACAGUUUUUAUUAUUAUGUUGAAGUCAACUAAGAGCAACCUCGUCGGGAAAAUAUCUCACAUGGGGUUCUGGACAAAUAAUAUUAUCUUUAAAUAUAACUAAAUUAUUAAAUUAUACUAUUUGGUUACUUUAAAAAAAUUGAAUCAUUCAAUAACAUAUAAUCCUUCCGUUUCAUGUGUCGUUGUAGAAAAAAUAUUUCAUUACAAAAUAAAUGUUGUUUUCGAUUUUUAAUGCAAAAUUUAUUAGUUUUAUUUAACAAUUUAUUUUUAUUAGUUGAAAUAUGGUUAGGUGCAUAGUGUUGGGAUUGUGAUAUCUCGUGUCCAACUCUAUCUUAUCUUAUUAGUAUGAUAUUGUCCACUUUGGACCUCAGAGGCUGUCACUCAUGGAUUUACUUUUGGUUUCCUUCCCAAAAAGUUUUCUUUUAGAAUGUUUCUCCUACGACACAUCACAGGUUCCAUGAUCUUCUGACGUUUCAGCAACAUAUCUUCUCUUUCCUCUUCUACCCGUUCUUACUUAAAGGGUAUUUUUUUAAUCUUCUUGCAUCUCUUUGCCAAACCGCUCUGAUACCAAUUGUUGGGAUUGUGAAAUUUCAUGUCCAACUCUAUAUUCUCCGAUUAUUACGAUAUUGUCCACUUUGUAACUAAUUAGCAAGCCCGUAUAUAUUUACUUUUGGUUUAUAUUCCAAAAGGCCUCGUACUAUUAGAGUUGGACUUCUCUUUAUAUAUUAGACUUUCCUUUGUCUAAUAUCCGAUGUGAGACUUAACUUGUUAUCUCACACAUAGAUAAUUAUGUUUUUAUAUAUAAAAUAUACAAAAUUAAUUGUUUUCUUAAUUUAUGUGCACAAAUUUAAAGUGACACUUGAAAUAAAACAGAGAGAAUAUAAUAUAUAUGACAGGAAAAUUCUUGAAGAGUAUUUUAAAACAUCUUCUUUCUUUUUUGGCUGAUUUGAGAUUCUUUUGCGUCUCUUUCCUAUUUCUAAAUUUUUUUUUAAGAGACCAUAUAAGUUUUUCCUGAAGAGUAUUUUUUUUUGUGGAAGCACUGUAGCCUAUUGGUUAAGGUUUAAAGGCUUCUACACCCAGGUCUGGGGUUCGAAUCCCAGACUAUGCAAUUUAUUACAGAUUACAAGAAAUCCAGGUUUCAAGUUCCGGAGAAAGCGGUUUAUUCAACAAUUAUGCAUACUACAGAGGAAAAGGUUUACAAGGGAUCUUCAACCUGGUGCAAGUAAAUCUGGCCAGACGUGGAUCUUCAUAUGACGGUUCAGGUGAUGCAGUUAGGCGUAAGUCUUCAUAAGGCAGAUAGUAUUGUCGGUUGUCGAAUCGUCUAUGUAAUCUUUCCUAUAUCAUAAUUGUAAGAUCGUAAUAAAUCAGCGUUAAAAAAAAAUAUAUAAGUUUUUCCUGUCGUCGGAGGUGUUCUAAUAAUUUUGUGAGUUCUAAGAAACUAUCGAGAAGUAGAGGCUCAUGGGUUGUUAGAAAUGAAAUGGGCAAAAUGAUCAUGCGUAGCAGGCGAGCCUUCUCCAAUGUUAACUCCCUGGAUGAAGCUAAAUACCAAGGGUUGUUGUGGACCUUAUAGUGUUUAAGCUCUCAUCGUCUUAACAACGUAAUUAUAGCUAUCGAUGAUACUACACUGACAUAGGUGGUGCUUAGACCAACAGCUUGGCCAAAUGAUAGAUAUAAGAAGGUGUAUGUGCGUAGAAGAAAGAAAGGAGUAACUUGCGAAGGAGUUCAUGAGCUGGCAGCUCAGCAAGAGGAUUUGGGAUAGCUGGAAGAGUAAUGCAAAGACUCUAGCUGGAGUGGAGGGUUAGCAGUUACGAUUCAGCUGAGCUAAGGAAGUGAGGAACUAUUAAUAAAACAAGGAGAGUGGAAUGUAUUCUUUAUGCUUGAAUGUUGUAGAAGAUAGUCGUUAUGAGACUUCUCUCGUGAAUGCUAUGAGAUCGAUGUAUCGUUUACUUUCGCUAUGAGAUUGUAAUCGUUACAUACUUCAAGCUAUAAUACUUCUUUGGUUCAGAGUUUACAUUGUUUGAGAUAACUUUACUCUAUUAUUGGUGCAGUGAAACUGAUCGGAAGCAACGCGACGGUAGCAGAAUGGAGGAGACGAUGAUCGGAUCUGAACGAGAGGUAGCGAGGAGCUCAGCGCAGUUAUCGAUGAAUCUACAAUGCACGGAGUGGUUGAAGCUCGGAAACGAUACGGAAACUCGAAAUCAUCGAGCGACGACGGAACAGUUCGUAUCAGUGGAAAAGAAGCUCGAAACGAUGGGAAUCAAUGCAGACACCAAUAAAAACGAUUUUUAAAAAAUAUUUAGUAGUAAUUUUUUUAGAAAUUUUCCUUUUUCAAAAUCCUAAAAAAUAGAUUUGAAAACAAUUUAUUUAAUAUAAUUUUUUAUUUUCAAAACUUUUAAUGAAAAUAUAAUUGUAAAAGAUUAUAUUGAGUUUGGUUCUUCAAAAUUACUAAUUAACAUGAUUGUGACACAUGGUAGUUAUAUAUUUAAAAUUGUGAUAUGUGUUAAACUAUUUCAUAAUCAAAAAUAUAUAUACUAAAAUAAUAAAAACAAAUUUUCUUUAAAACAAUUAAAAAUAUUAUUUAAUAGUCUUAUUAUUAUUAUUAUUGCUAUUAUUAUUUUUCAUUAUAAUGUUUGUUUCAAAAGAUACUAAAGAUAGAGAAUUAUAAAAGAUAAACAUUAACUUUUAAGAAAAAAAUGUUAAACAAAAAGGAAUUGUAAAAUCCUACAAGUACAAUAAAUUAUUUAAUAAAAACAUGAAGAAAAACUAACUUUAAAAUAAAUAAUAUUACUUUUUUAAAAGCGUAAUUAAAAUAAAAUUGUAAAAGUACUCUUAUUAUUUUCUUAUAAUUAAAUAACUUUCUUUUUUUAAUAGAUAAUUGUAUGUUAAAAAUUAUGACAAAAAGUAGCUACAAAUAUUUCACAUCUUUAUUUACUAUUUAGGUUUAAGUUUCCACAUAUUAUUUUUAUAAAACACAAUAGUAUUCACAUAAAACUAUUACCUGAGUAUUUUUUUUUUUAAUUUCUUGAUACAAUUCAACAUUUUAUUAUCGUUAUUAUACAUCUUAUGAUGCAUGAAUAACUUUUAAUUUUAAUGUUAUUGUCGUACAUGAGUAUGUAUAAAUAUGUGUUUGUAUGUAUAAGACAAAAUAUAUAAAUAAUUAAACAGAAUUUUCUAUUAAAAAUAAAAUAGUUGUAUAAAAAUCUAACAGAAACAAAUAACUAAUUUCCUUUUUAAAAGUCUAAAUAAAAUAAAAACGUAAAUAAAAUCUUAUUUUUACUAUAAUUAACUAACUUUAAUUUUUAAUAAUUUUGUGUUAAAAAAGAUAAACCAAAAUUAACUUCAAAUAUUUCACGUGAUAUGAUUGUGAUAUGUGUCAAUUAAAAGCUUAGAUUGUAAAUGUGUCCAUAAAAACUUCCAUUAUGUGAAAAUAACUUUUUCUUUUCCUAAAUCUUAUAUAAAAGAUAUUUCUAAAACAAAAUUAUUUUCUAAUCUGAACCAAUUAAGAAUUUUUUCUUCUUUUUUUUAAAUCCUGACUAGAGAGAAUUUGUUUAAUAGUAAUUUUUACUUGAAAAAUUUAAUAAUAAAUAUGAUAUUAAAAAUUAUUCAAUUAUCAAGAAAAAUUGUAAAAAUAUUAAUGAUAUUGAAAAAACGAAUUUUGAAAAUUGUAACUUUUAAAAAUAGUUAAUAUUAACUCAAAAUAGUUAUUUGAUAAAAUUUUUAUUUUAUUUUAAUCCUAGACAAAUUAUAAUUGUAUAAGAUUAUGUAAUAAUAAUUUCUUUUUCCAAAAUCCUACAAAACUGUAAAAGAAUAUUUAAUAGUUGUUUUCUUUUU